UUGCUGGUUCUGCCUUAUAUCCAAUCACCUCAGAACGUCACACUGCGUCAUUUAAAUUCAUAAGCACGGCCUUUACCAUAGUAAGAUUUGUAAAUUCUCCAUCCCGACCACAGUGUGUGUGUGUCAGCGGACGGUGAGAGAGACGAAGGCAGGCAGGCAGCUCCCUUUCGCCUUAUCUAAACACAUACAUUCCUCAUCAUGGCGGCCACGGAUGUAGACAUAUUUUCUAAUGAAGAAAAGCGUAACCUCAGCCUUGGCGGUCAUGUUGGCUUUGACAGUCUGCCCGAUCAGCUGGUCAGUAAAUCGGUGACUCAGGGUUUCUGCUUCAACAUCCUCUGUGUGGGUGAGACGGGCAUCGGCAAGUCGACAUUAAUGAACACCCUUUUUAACACCAUGUUUGAAAAUGAGGAGGCCAGCCAUUACCAAAAUGGAGUCUACCUGCGGCCCAGAACGUACGACUUGCAAGAGAGCAACGUCCACCUAAAACUGACUAUCGUCGACACGGUGGGCUUCGGGGACCAGAUCAACAAAGAAGAAAGCUAUAAACCCAUUGUGGACUAUAUCGACACACAGUUUGAAAACUACCUGCAGGAAGAGCUGAAAAUAAAGCGUUCUCUAUUCAAUUACCACGACACCAGAAUCCACAUCUGCCUCUACUUCAUCGCUCCUACGGGACACUCACUCAAGUCCUUGGAUUUAGUCACCAUGAAGAAGUUGGACAGCAAGGUGAACAUCAUCCCUAUUAUUGCCAAAGCUGACACAAUUUCCAAGAGCGAGCUACACAAGUUCAAGAUCAAAAUUAUGAGCGAGCUGGUUAGCAAUGGUGUUCAGAUCUACCAGUUUCCCACAGACGAUGAAGCCGUGACAGAAAUCAACUCCUCUAUGAAUGCCCAUCUUCCCUUUGCUGUGGUGGGCAGUGUCGAGGAGGUGAAGGUGGGGAAUAAGACGGUGAGGGCCAGGCAGUAUCCGUGGGGAGUCGUUCAAGUGGAGAAUGAGAGUCACUGUGAUUUCGUGAAGCUGCGGGAGAUGUUGAUCAGAGUGAACAUGGAGGAUCUGCGAGAACAGACUCACGCCAGACACUAUGAACUCUACAGGCGCUGUAAACUGGAGGAGAUGGGCUUCAAAGACACCGACCCAGACAGCCAGCCUUUCAGUCUACAGGAGACGUAUGAAGCCAAAAGGAAGGAGUUUCUUGGAGACCUGCAAAGGAAAGAAGAGGAGAUGCGGCAGAUGUUUGUGAACAAAGUGAAGGAGACAGAGGCUGAGCUGAAGGAGAAGGAGAGAGAGUUACAUGAGAAGUUCGAGCAGCUGAAGCGCAUGCACCAGGAGGAGAAGAGGAAGGUGGAAGAGAAGAGACGGGAUCUGGAGGAGGAGAUGAACGCCUUCAACAAGAGGAAGGUGGCUGCCGAGACCCUCUCGCUCUCACAGCCCCUCAAGAAGGACAAAGACAAGAAAAAGUCGGUAAAAACGGAGAACCAAUCAGGCGUCAACCUCUCCAGCUCCAAAGUGAUGAUGGCCAAAGCCAAUAUGGAGCCCUUGAACUGCCAGAGCUGGUGGCAGGCCAUACAGUGCUGCACCUGCCUGGUCCACAACGACGCCUGGAGGCAAGGUCUCUUCUGAGAGCCGGCCAGCAUCAGCUGGGGAUGCCUGGACAUCAGCAGGCCGUGGAACUGAGGGAAAACAACAAACCGCUUAACCAACGGAGACAACGCCACCAAAAAACCUAAUCACUUACAGAGGCGAGGGUCUGUAUUUGUACUCCAGAAAUGGUUUCUGUGUAAGCCCUUCAUGAGUGGGCUGUAAAAAUGUGCUGUGUUCGAUAGUCUCCAUGUUUUUGAAAUAUAACAUCUCUCGCUCUGAUUCCCAAUACAGACGUGUUUUGUUUCUCAUCAGUGCAGGCCAUUUUGUUAACAUGAAAGGCAUGCAAAACCCACCAAAAAGAUUCGACUUUUGGAUCAGAGCAAAAUACAAGUUUGCAAAAUUGGUUCCUGGUUAACAUCAACCGAUAUUACACUGAUCAUCAUUGAUGAAUACAAUAAUGUGCACUUACGAAACCAGGGACGUACAUUAAGAAACAAACAGGGCCAAUUCUGAUUUCACACUGACGCACGUUUUCUAAGAAAUAAGCCAUGUUGAUUGAAUAGGAAUGAUGUGAUUGUUUCUUGAGUUCAGGGUAGUAAUACACAUUGCCUUGUGGAAUGUUUCGUUAAAUGUUUACUGUGGAAUUGUGACUUUCCUUCGUAUCUAUGGCUGUAUGUGAGUGUUUACUUCUCCAAGAAACCGAGGAGUCACAUGGACCUUGUAUGGUAAUAUAUUUAAGGUAUUCUAAAUUGUGGAUAUUUAUUUGGGAAGUUAAGGAAAUUUAUUUUUCUAUGCUAUUUAGAUAUUUUUUCAUUUCACAAGCAAUUAUAUUUAUUUAUUCAACGUGUUAUAGACGUCUAGAUAUCUAUAAUAUGACCUAUACAGGGAGAUCUCACAGAAACAUCCCAAAAUAAAUAAUAAAGCAUAAUGCAUAAAGAAAACAAAGCUUUUUAGGACCAUCAAGAUUCUUUUUACAUUGUGGCAUUAUUAUUAUUCAGCAUUACAUUAAUUCAGGAAAUGUACUCUACAAUUCAAGUAACACAGUUCCGUCACCGAAUAAAAAAAAAGAAAAAAAAAAAAAAAAAAAAAAAAGAAAAGUCUAAUUGUGACUUUUUUUCUCUCAAUUGUGAGUUAUCAAGUCAAAAUUGAGAGAUAAAAAUAAGAAUCUCAGAAAUCUCAGAAUUGCGCAGUUGCAAUUCUGUAAAAUAAAGUCUGAACUGCAAGAUAUAAAAAAAAAACAAAAAAAAAAACCAAUUGACAUUUUUUCGCAGAAUUGAGGGUCUGUAACUUGCAAUUCUGACUUUUUCCCCCUUGCAACUGUUCUGAACGGCGAGAUGAAUUGCAAUAUUGCAAUUGCCAGUUAUGAAGUUAAGUUAAAUUUUAAGUUUAUAUCAUGCAAUUCUGAGACAAAAGUCUGAGUUGUGAGACACAUGAAAAGAUGAAAAGAUUUGAUCCACUUCAAAUGUUGACUACUGUAUAUCAUGCAAUUGCAAGAAAAAGUCAGAAUUGUGUUUAGAUCAUGCAAUUUUGAGAAAAAUAGACAGAAUUACGAGUUUAUAACAUGCAAUUGCAAAAAAAAAAAAAAAAAAAAAAAAUUGUGAGUCAGAAUUGUGAGUUUAUUCCAUGCAAUUCUGAGAAAAAUAGAAUUGUGAGUUUAGAUCAUGCAAUUCUGAGAAAAAUAGACAAUUGUGAGUUUAUAUUAGGCAACUCUGAGAAAAAAAGUCAGAAUCGCGAGUGUAUAUCAUGCAAUUCUAAGAAAAACAGAAUUGUAAGUUUAUAUCAUGCAAUUCUGAGAAAAAUAGAAUUACGAGUUUGGAUCAUGCAAUUGCAAGAAAAAGUAAAAACUGUGAGUUUCUAUCAUACAAUUGCAAGAAUAAUAGUCAGAAUUGUGAGUUUCUAUCAUGCAAUUCUGAGAAAGUCAGAAUUGUGAGAUGUGAACUCACAAUUACCUUUUUUACUUUUUUAUUCAAUGUCGGAGACAGGGUUUCAUAACAUUAUGAUAAUGAAGACAUACAAAAACAUUUUUUCCAUCACAGUAAUGUGAAAUAAAGUAAGAUUUGCCAUUAAAAUUAAAAAUGUGUCAUUCUAAAAUUUUUUUUUUUUUUCUGGUGACAAAACUCUAGAAAACAUGUUUUGAAAAUAAGAUGUGGCCAAAGACCUUAUAUGGAGCUGUUUUUUCCCCUCAAAGGUUCACUUAUAAUGCACCAAAAAAGGCCAUUAAACGCACGGCCUUCUUUGUUACACGACAUCAAAUUUGAAUUUCCAUACAAAAUAUCUUAACAGUCCUAAAAACAGACUUUGUUUUCCUUAUCCAAAAUAUAUUUAUCAUUUUGAUUCGGGGUGAAAUAAGACCCACGUUUCAUGAGUUUUCCCCAUAUAUUGACUUUUUUUUUUUUU